AUGGCUGCUUCAAUCUCAAGAAGGAUUUUUAGCAGUUUCGGAUCUUUAACAGCUCUUGGACGCAGCGGUUCACCGAAUUUGUCAUCUGGAAAUGGUUUACGUUCUCUUCUUCCUAGUGAUGUGAAGUAUGGAAUGUCUUUACUUUCCAACCGAAAGCUAUCCUCUUCGAUUUUGACUCCCGACUCAAGCGAUGAUACAUUUCCCUCUGAUUUACUUUUGAAAAAGACGGUGAUUGCACCACAACAAACCAUAGGACAAUAUCAAGACUUGGUCAUUCCGGUGACAAACUUUCAGAAUGAAGACAAGGGUUUCAUCGUUUUAGCGGGUGAUGUCUUUGAUGUUCCGAUAAGGAAAGAUAUCAUUCACAAUGUUGUGAAAUGGCAGCUCGCGAAACGUCAGCAGGGAACUCAUUCGACCAAAACAUUGAGUGAGGUUAGUGGAACUGGUAGAAAGCCAUGGAAUCAGAAGGGUACAGGUCGAGCUAGACAUGGUACACUGCGUGGUCCACAGUUCCGAGGUGGUUGUGUAAUGCAUGGACCCAAACCAAGAAGCCAUGCGAUAAAGAUGAAUAAGCAGGUUCGAAGGCUUGGAUUGAAGAUAGCACUGACAGCUCGAGCCGCAGAAGGAAAACUCCUCGUGUUCGAUGAUCUGGCAUUGCCAACGCAUAAAACAAAGAACAUUGUGAAGUAUUACGAUGACAUGGAGAACACAAAGAAAGUCCUCAUUGUAGAAGGUGGUCCUAUCGAUGAAAAGCUAAAGCGAGCUACCCAAAAUCUCCACUAUGUCAACAUACUUCCAUCAAUAGGGCUUAACGUUUACAGCAUUCUGCUCCACGACACGCUUGUGAUGUCCCGAGAUGCUGUGAAUAAGAUUGUUGAGCGUAUGCACACUCCUAUUAACCGUUAA